AUGACUGAUGGAACAGGAAAAGUCAAUUUGGUUAUAAUAAAUAAAUGUACAGCUUUUCAGAUAGGUGCUGAUAGAUUAAAUGAGGCCGCCAGACAACCUGAAAAUGCAAUAAUCAAAUUAAGAGUUGUAGAAGAUCAUUGGGAUGAAAACUGGCAUGAAGAAAUAAUGAGAGAGGUUGCAAAAGCUUAUGGACCACCUCCUAAAUUGCAAAAGCCAGAAAAGUUGCAAUUAUCUAGAAUCGAUAGAUUAGAAUCAAAGAUAGAUGAAAUUGGUCAAAUAACAUCUAAGCUUAGUAGGAUAACACUUAAUGAACAAUCUCAAAAACCUUUUUAUUGUAGCAAUUGUGAACAGGAAGGUCAUAAGAAAAAUAAUUAUCCUAACUUAGCUUUUGCAUCUUCAGCAAAUCCUAUAGCUAAAUCGAAUAAUACACAUUACUAUACUUAA